AUGCAAGAUGAAUGUCACACAGAAAGUGAGAUGGUUUGUCAGGAUGAUGAUGACCGGAGAACCAAAGAAUCAAACAGAUGGUGGAAUGACAGCUCGCAAAAUAGACGAGGCUCGGACAACUCAUCGAGUCAGGACGGUUCUCCUUUCAGCCCUGGGAGUUGUACACGGAACAUCUGCUUCUGCAAGCUAUCUGCAUGCUUCCCUUACUCGAAGACAAAGAAGGAUCCCUUCCGAGUCGAGGCUGACUUCGUGUUGGUGGAUGCUAAUAAAUCCAAGGUUGAAGAGAAUGACGAGAUACGAUACUGUAAGGCAACAGAGCUCCCUGAUCUUAGCCCUAUCAAUGAGAAGCGGUCCCAUGCUAUUUGUACCCCAAGUGAGCACCGCCGGAGUGAGACCAUUGGGACGAGAUCUGAUGUCUGCAACGAAAUAGCGCGAGUAGACCAGGAACAAGAAACAAGGAAGAUGGGCACAAGUUCUGGCUAUGCAAAUGUAGAUGAUACCAUGUAUACAAGAGAUCAGAUCAUAAGAAACUUUUGUGAGUUUGUUGGAGGGUGCUCUAGAAUUGAUGCAGACACGCUGAUGUGA